GGUCAUGAUCCAAGGAAAGGGGUGUUGCCUUGCCUUCCGUCCAGCAUGGCUCUUUGGCUUUGGCCUCUCCUGGUUCUCCUGAGGGCAGAGGAUGGAGUGGCUGAAGACACAGCUUUCAAAGUCUGUAGGCUUCAAGGCUUCAAGGAGAAAGUGCUGGAGGUGUUGCCAGGAGGCGGCUGGGACAAUUUGCGCAAUGUGGACAUGGGAAUGGUGAUGAGCCUCAAUUAUUCCCAGUGCCGGACCACCGAAGAUGGACAGUACCUCAUUCCCAAUGAUGUCUAUGUGGUGCCCCUCAAGAAGAGCACGGUGGAAGUGCAUUCAGAGAUUAUUGAGGACUGGCUGAGCUACACUGAUGCCUUUGCUUCAUCCGUCAAUGCAGAAGCUUCUUUCCUUUCUGUGCUCAAUGGCAAGUUCUCGACCGGCUCCCAGGAGACAAAGAUGCACAAUGUCUAUGAUGAGACGGUGACCACACGGGUGCAAGUGCGGUAUCACAUCUACUCUGUGAAAGCCCAGCCCACUUUCACCUUGAACAAGGAUUUCCGCCAUCAGCUGCUCACCAUAGGCAACCAGCUGGAGAACAACCAGAGCCGGACCGCUGAGUAUCUUGCAGAGAUGCUGAUUCUCAACUAUGGCACCCAUGUGCUCACAGGUGUGGAAGCUGGAGCCAGCCUAAUCCAGGAGGACCAGGUGAAGCGCAGUUUUGUGUUGGACAAGGAGUCUGAGAAAGCAGGCAUCACUGCCUCAGCCUCAGCUACGUUUUUCAGCAAAGUAAAUGUGGGAAUCAAUUUUUCGAUGCAAGCCUCAGAUGAUCUGACCAAGGGUUACCUAGAAAACACAGUGGAUUCCAAGCUUGAGAGCUGGGGCAGUGUGCCUUUCUACCCUGGGAUCACCCUUCAGAAGUGGCAGGAGGGCAUCCCCAAUGGCUUAGUGGCCAUAGGCAAGUCUGGGUUGCCCCUGCCAUUUUUCAUCACAGCUGAGGCCUUACCAGAACUGCCAGAACCAACAGUUACACGUGUGGCGGCUUUGGUGGAAAAUGCUAUCCGCCUCUACUAUGCUGUAAACACCCACCCAGGCUGUGUCAAGCCUGAUUCUAGCAACUUCAACUUCCAGGCCAAUGUAGAUGAUGGGUCGUGUCAAGCCUCCAACACUAACUUCACCUUUGGUGGGGUCUUCCAGGAGUGUCAUGGUGUAGCUGGCCAGGACACAGAAGAGCUCUGCCAGUCAUACCAGGUCCAGAACCCACUGACAGGGGGAUUUUCUUGCCCAGCUAACUUUACCGCCAUCUUGCUGCAUGGAGAACAACGCACCACAAACAAACCCAAGACGGAGUGCCACGAUCAGUGCCAUUCCUGUUGGCUUUUGUUUUCCUGCUGUAAUAGAGUCUGUGGCAUUCACUACUACCCCACCACAGUGAUGUUCAAUGCCUACUGGUGUGCUGCCACAGGUCCAGUGCCUCAGAAUUCAGGAUUCCUCUUUGGGGGAUUGUAUAGUAGUGGGAAUGAGAACCCCAUUACUAGCAACUAUGCCUGCCCAGCCUACUUCUUCCCAUUGGAACUAUUUGAUAGCCUCAAGGUGUGUGUCAGUAGUGACUAUGAGAUGGGAACGCCCUUUGCGGUGCCCUUUGGUGGCUUCUUUAGCUGUCAGUCUGGUAAUCCUUUGGCCGGGUUGCUGAAGGGACAGAGCCCUGGGAUCCUCCAGGACUUUUUCUACCAGGAGUCCUCCACUCAAUAUCCCAUGAAAUGCCCAUCUGGAAAUAGCCAACAUAAGGCCUACAUCAGUGAUGGGUGUGAAAUCCUCUACUGCUUGCAGGCCGGGACCCUUUUCGCUCAGCAAUUAGCUCCUAUCAAGCUCCCACCCUUCUUACUUGCACCAACUUUAAGUGGCGAUCUUCCUGAAACCAUCCUAGUACGCUCAGAUGGUAGCUUGGCCUGGGUGAAAAUGCCCCAGAGUGGGAGCUGGCGGCUGGCUAAUGCCACGGAUGAAAAGCAAAUGGCUUUUCUUUUACAAGGUACGCAAACGUCGAGGCUAUCUGCAGGCAGCAUUGCUGGAAUUUCAGUCUCCAUGGUUGCUGUCCUGCUAACAACCAUUGCUCUUGUGGUAUACAGAAUCCGGCGGUACAAGACAAGAGGUUACCAGGAAGUUUCCAACGAGCAUCUAGUAGUGGAUCAAGGGGACUAUGGAACAACAGCUCCAGAACUCAAUGCUGCCUGAGACACCGUUUAACCAGCACCCUGUACCAAAAAAAAUCCUAAAUUCAGGGAAGGUGCGAGUCAAGUCCAGGAAGUAGGGGAUCAGAAUCGAUGCAUUGUUGUGGGGGUGAGGGGUGAAGAAGACAAUAAUUGAAAUUUCCAAGUAUUGAAUCUGCGUAUAGACGUUUUGUAGCCAAAUGUUUUUUUUUAUUAAACAUACCAUUAAUGUUUCAUUAGAAAUGAGUAAGUAACAAAAACCAAAGAACUAGUGAUGGUGGAGGCCUCUUCUUUGGAGGCUUUUAAACAGAGGCUGGAUGGCCAUCUGUCGGGGGUGCUUUUGAAUGCGAUUUUUCUGCUUCUUGACAGGGGGUUGGACUGGAUGGCCCAUGAGGUCUUUUCCAACUCUAUGUUUCUAUUAUUCUAUCUAGCAGUUACUAUGCAUUUUGGGCUAGACUUAUACAGAAGGGAAAAGCAGUUAAGGUCUUUGUCUACUUGCCUGUUUUAAACAGAUGUGUGAGCAGAGGGGAAAGCAUUGGUUCUGGGAGCAGAAGAUUAAAAAUAAUUGUGAUGUUUAAUUUCAAGGCAGGGCAACUCUUGUGAGAGAAUAUCAAGGGUUAGCAACUUUGAUCUGCAUAUUUUGACAUUUUUUGCUUAUUUUUAUUGUGCCUUGACCGUGACCAACUCAUACUUGAUACUGUAAAAAAAAAAUUGAGAAAUUGAACUAAAUAGAAAAAAAAUCCCUUUGACAGCCACUAAGAGUGUCUUUUUUCUCAACUUAAUAAACAUUUGGAUAAGUAA